AUGACCACCUUUGACGACAAAACCCUCCACGAGGCUCACGCCGAAGAUGUCGAGUCCGGUCGCCUGUCCAAAGACAUCAUCACUGAGCGUAGAGCAUCUCUGAAGCACGCCGACCGAGCCCUUGCCAUCGUGGGAGACCAGCGAGUGGAGCUGACCGAAGAAGACAACAAACGCAUCCGACGCAAGACGGACAAAGUCAUCCUGUCCAUUCUCGUCUGGGUCUACUUCCUCCAGAUUCUCGACAAGUCGGUGCUCGGUUAUGGCGCUCUGUUCGGCCUCACAGAGGACACACACCUCACCGGCGACCAGUAUUCCUUUCUAGGAUCUAUCGCCCCUAUCGCACAACUUGCCUGGCAGCCAUUCUCAUCCUUCCUCAUCGUCCGAGUCCCUCAUCGCAUCCUCAUGCCGGCCCUUUGCCUUGGAUGGGGUAUUGCUCAAGCUGCGAUGGCAGCUUGUCACAAUUACAGCUCGCUCCUGGCUGCGCGUUUCUUCCUUGGACUGUUUGAAGCCGGCUGUCUACCACUUUUCAGCGUCAUCACUAGCCAAUGGUACCGUCGAGCAGAACAACCCCUCCGCGUUGCAGCCUGGUAUGGUACCAAUGGAGUUGCGACAAUUGCCGCUUCAGGCAUCUCCUAUGGACUGGCUCACAUCCCCUCAUCCGCUCUGGCGUCGUGGCAGAUUAUUUUCCUGUUCGUCGGCCUGGUCACCAUUGUCACGGCACCCGUCGUGUGGUAUUUCCUCGACAACGAUAUUCCUUCGGCACGCUUUCUGACGGAGCACGAAAAGGCACAAGCCAUUGAACGUCUUCGUGCCAAUCAGACCGGCACAGGCAACCGCGAGUUCAAAUGGGAGCACAUACUCGAACUGGCAAUGGAGCCUAAGACGUAUCUCUGGAUUGGCCUUGCUCUCCUGCUCAAUGUGGGCGCCUCAGUCACCAAUACUUUUGGCCCCCUCAUUCUCGAAGGUGUCGGCUUCGACAAGUACAAGACCUCACUUCUCAAUAUGCCUUUCGGCGCGAUGCAGGUCAUCGUCAUCCUCCUCGCUUCGUUUGCAGCCCAAAAGGCCAAGCUCAAGUCUUUUGUCCUCGCUGGCCUCAUGCUGCCCGUCAUUGCUGGUUUGGCUGUUCUCUAUGUUCUCCCGCGGACUUCGGGUGCCACCGCUGGACUCUUGGUGGCUUAUUACCUGCUGGCCUUCCUCUUUGGAGGGAACCCGCUCAUUGUCUCGUGGAUCGUGGGCAACACUGGCGGCAGCACCAAGAAAUCCGUUAUCAUGUCCCUCUACAAUGCUGGCUCGAGCGCCGGCAACAUCAUUGGCCCGCUCCUGUUCAACAAGAAGGACGCGCCAGCCUACCACCCGGGUCUGCGCAAGGUGCUGGCCAUCUUUGUUACGAUGGUUGCCGUCAUCUUCAUCCAGUUUGCGAACCUUGUUUUCUUGAACAAGAUGCAGUCCAGGAAACGGGUGCAGAACGGCAAGGCGGCCAAGAUCAAGGAUCAUUCCAUGGAAGACAAGUACGUUGCCAUGGACGAGACUGAAGCUGGGCAGAGACUGGGUGACAAUGCCUUUUUGGAUCUUACUGACCGAAAGAAUGAUGAAUUCACGUAUAUUUAUUGA